AUGUUACUCUCCAAAGGUUUGUUAAACUUAGAUUCUGUUGGCUGUUUAUUUCUCUAUAAUUUGCUUGGCUGUCUGACAAUCUUCUUCUUCUUCUUCUUCCAGCAAGAAUCAAUCCCCAAAAUCUUUCUAGGGUUUCAUCAACUCAGUCCAGUUGCUACAGGGAUGGCGUCCUCGAUCACGGGCCAAAACGCUAAAUCGAAGCGGCAGGGCGAGAGAGGGGAUCAGCUGAUCAUCACUCCGCUUGGGGCGGGAAGCGAAGUUGGUCGGUCUUGCGUUCAUAUGACUUACAGAGGGAAGACCAUCAUGUUUGAUUGUGGGAUUCAUCCGGCUUACUCGGGGAUGGCCGCAUUGCCCUACUUCGAUGAGAUCGAUCCGUCUCAAAUCGAUGUUCUUCUUGUUACUCAUUUUCAUCUUGAUCAUGCUGCUUCUCUUCCUUACUUCUUAGAGAAGACUACUUUCAAAGGUCGAGUUUUCAUGACUCAUGCUACAAAGGCUAUUUACCGAUUGCUUUUAUCUGAUUAUGUUAAAGUGUGCAAAGUUUCUGUUGAGGAUAUGCUGUAUGAUGAGCAAGACAUCAUUCGCUCCAUGGAUAAAAUUGAGGUCAUUGACUUCCACCAGACACUGGAAGUGAAUGGGAUCCGCUUUUGGUGCUACACUGCUGGUCAUGUUCUUGGUGCUGCCAUGUUUAUGGUUGACAUCGCUGGUGUCCGAGUUCUUUACACUGGUGACUACUCAAGAGAGGAGGAUCGCCAUCUUCGUGCGGCUGAAACUCCCCAGUUUUCCCCUGACAUUUGUAUCAUCGAGUCAACCUAUGGAAUUCAAACUCACCAACCUCGUCACGUUCGUGAAAAGCGAUUCACCGAUGUCAUCCACUCGACUGUCAGCCAAGGCGGUCGAGUCCUCAUCCCAGCAUUUGCCCUUGGUCGAGCCCAAGAGCUACUCCUCAUCCUUGACGAGUAUUGGUCAAACCAUCCCGAGCUUCAUAACAUACCUAUAUACUACGCUUCUCCUCUCGCCAAGAGAUGCAUGGCAGUGUAUCAAACAUACAUCAAUUCCAUGAAUGAGAGGAUCAGAAGCCAGUAUUUAAACUCUAACCCUUUUGAUUUCAAGCACAUUUCACCAUUGAAGAGCAUCGAGAACUUUGAUGAUGUGGGUCCAUCAGUGGUGAUGGCGAGUCCAAGUGGACUCCAAAGCGGGCUAUCAAGGCAGUUGUUUGACAAGUGGUGUGGAGAUAAAAGGAACGCCUGUGUAAUUCCUGGGUAUGUUGUUGAAGGAACUCUAGCCAAGACCAUUAUCAAUGAGCCGAAAGAGGUUACUCUCAUGAAUGGCCUUAUGGCUCCCCUCAACAUGCAGGUUCACUACAUCUCCUUCUCGGCCCACGCAGAUUCUGAUCAGACUAGUGCCUUUUUGGACGAGCUUAUGCCUCCCAACAUAAUCCUUGUCCAUGGAGAAGCCAAUGAGAUGGGCAGGCUCAAGCAGAAACUCAUAACCCAGUUUGCAGAUCGCAAUACAAAGAUCAUGUCCCCCAAGAAUUGCCAAUCAGUGGAAAUGUACUUCAGUUCCGAGAAAAUGGCAAAAACAAUAGGAAAGCUCGCUGAGAAGACACCGGAAGUUGGUGAAACUGUCAGUGGCCUACUAGUCAAAAAAGGCUUCACUUACCAGAUUAUGGCCCCCGAUGACCUCCAUGUAUUCUCACAGCUAUCAACUGCAAACAUCACCCAGCGCAUCUCUGUCCCAUAUACAGGUGCUUUUGGGGUUAUAAAGCACAGGUUGAAGCAGAUAUACGAGAGUGUAGAGUCCCCAAAAGAGGAGACAGAUGUUCCAACUAUGGUUGUUCAUGAGAAGGUAACAAUAAGGCAGGAGUCGGAUGAGUAUGUGACGCUGCAGUGGCCAUCGGAUCCGAUCAGUGAUAUGGUGUCUGAUUCUGUGGUGGCUAUGGUGUUGAAUAUUAGCAGAGAAGGUCCGAAGGUGGUUUCAACCGAGGAGGUUAAUAAGACGGCGGAGGAAGAGACGGAGAAGAUGACACAAAAGGUGAUUCAUUCUUUGUUUGCUUCCUUGUUUGGGGAUGUUAAGGUUGUGGAGGGUAAGUUUUUGAUAACCGUGGAUGGAGAUGUUGCGAGCGUUGAUGGGAAGAAUGGGGAGGUGGAGUGUGAGAAUGAGGGGUUGAAGGAGAGGGUGAAGACCGCUUUUAGGAGAAUACGAAGCGCUGCAGGGCCGAUUCCUCUUCCGACGUCUUGAUCAGUCCGAAGAUUGUGCUGGAAAUGGAGCUACCGCGAGUUACUGAGCAUUAUAGAGAGGUUUCAUUGAUGCAUGUUCACACUGGAUCUCUUCUUGUGAUGCUGUUAAAGCUGUAUGACUUGCUCAAUAUAAGCAGGGGCGUUGCGCCAUUUUUAGGUUACUUUCUUGCAAGUGAUUUUACCUGCUACCUUUUGUAAUAUUUGCCGCAAACGUUGGUUUUGAUUUGAUGUAAAAUACCAUGUUUUAAUGCCAUAAACAAGCUCUUCUUUCUUAGUUUAAUCUUGUUUGCCGAAAACAGAGACUGUUGAUUAUUAUCUGCUUUGGAUUAUGAUAUCA